UUGCAAUCUAAAUUGUUCAAAAUCUAUGAACCUGAUGAUUAGUAUCUGCACCUGCUAAAUAUUUUUGAUACUAAAGUAUUUAAGAAACAGAGAUAACUGUAAAAAAAGAUGGGUAAUGAAAGUUCUCUGCCAAUGGAGCUGUGCUCCAAUUUUGAUGCAGACGAAAUUCGCAGGUUGGGAAAACGCUUUCGAAAGCUUGACCUCGAUAACUCCGGCUCUUUGAGUAUUGAUGAAUUUAUGUCACUCCCAGAAUUGCAACAAAAUCCUCUUGUUCAACGUGUCAUUGAUAUAUUUGAUGCUGAUGGAAAUGGAGAGGUGGAUUUUAAAGAGUUCAUCCAGGGUGUGUCACAGUUCAGUGUUAAGGGUGACAAAGAAUCAAAGUUGAGAUUUGCUUUUAGGAUCUAUGAUAUGGAUAAUGAUGGCUAUAUUUCAAAUGGAGAAUUAUUUCAGGUUUUGAAAAUGAUGGUUGGUAACAACUUGAAGGACACACAGCUCCAGCAAAUUGUAGACAAAACAAUUCUGUUUGCUGACAGGGACGAAGAUGGUAAAAUUAACUUUGAAGAAUUCUGUUCUGUGGUCGGAAAUACGGACAUACACAAAAAGAUGGUUGUGGACGUGUAAUUUUAUUUCAUUUCAUUCACAAGUUGGACUUACGAAGAAUGAACUGCUGCUGUUACCAUCUGCUAUAUCUCAAAAUACCCUGUCUUUUGGAUGUUAGUUUUUUUCUGAAGGUUACUCCCGUUUUAACUUUCUCCCCAGCACAUUUUUUGAAUAGCAUAAAUGUGGAACAGUGUUGCUAUAUUGUUGGAAAUGUUUUUUGUUCUGUAUGUGCAGUCUGUGACAUGCAGAAAUUUUUACCAUGUACUAUACUAAAAUUCUUCGCAUGUUUAAAAUUGCACAGAGCAGUGUUUUCCAAAAUCUUCUGUUUGUGAAAUCUCACCAGCCUCAAAAAAGAUGGUGAAACAUCGCACCAAAACUAAACAGGAGACUUUGUAGAGAAAUAAGAAAGAAACAGAACUACUGUUGCCUUUAUGGCAGUGUGUUGUGUUAAUGCAUUUCUUGAAGAGGAAUAUAUUUCAAAAGUUCAGAAUGCCAAUCACUGAAAUACUAGAUAAUGUACAAGAAACCUUUUCCGAGAACAGUACAUUCUGUAUACUAGAAAUAAACACUGUAACUUAAGAAUUCAAAAUUCUUGCUUUCAGUGUUCCUGGACCAGAACCCCAACUUAAAAUAUCUAAUUGUGAUCAGGAGCAAUUUUAUAAUUUGUAAUUUUAAUAAACAUAACUUAUUCACAGAGCUGCAUGGUCCCAUGGGAUGCAGGGAACAAACAUUUCUGUAGGCCCUUGCAAGUUCAUGUGAUUGUGUUCGCUUUCUAACUCUCAAAUUAUUGUCCAUGAGUUGUUGUAAGCCUAAAUAUUUACUCUUCCAUCUCAAAACACUUUUUGCACUAAUAUACAUUAUUCAUUGUUGUCAUUCAUUAAAUUUGUGUGGUUGAGGGAAGUUUUUCUCUUAUUAUAUACAGUAAGUGUGAUGUGUACUGUCCCACCUGGCUCAUCUGCAAGAAAAGACAACACACAUUAUUCUGGUUAGUAACUCACAAAGGGAAUUGGGGGUACAACUUCAAGUGACUGCAGACGGGAUGUGGGGAAGACAGAUCAAACUGUAAUCAAGUUCAGUUCUUUUGUGUGUAGAUGCAGAAAGCAUGGUAGAGUUAGUUGUGUGUUUGUGGGAAGGGAAACUGCCAAGUGUCUACCAAAACUUAAGGCUGACUUCAGUAGAAGAAUGUCUCUGCACUCACAAUACUACAUCCCCACUCUUCAUGUUCUCUUUGUAUUUUAUAUAUGAUUUGAAAUGGAACCUCGUAACUGCAACCGUGCAGCUACAGUGAUCUUACUUAUGGUGUAUAUACAGUAGUUGUCACUUUGUAGUUCCCCCUUUUCUGAAUGGUGCCAAGGGGUAACGAAAAAAAUCCAAGCUACUCUAACCUGGUUAUCAAUUGUUAUAUUUCCACCAAACUCUUUUGCAUGUAAAUAAUACACAUAUAAUAUAAAUCUAUAGAAAUGUUACAACUUAACUGUACAAUAUUGGAUGGUGACCCACCUACAAAAAAAUUAAUUUAUAAUUUCAUAUACAUAAGUACUUACUUAGGAUUGUUAACUUUUUGCUGGUUCAUUAAUUUAAUGACACUAUUAAAUGGGCAUUGUGGCAAUAUUUCAUGAAAAAUUUUAUUUAUAUUUUUAAGUUUUUUUUUUGUUGCAUUAAACAUGUUUAAAAUUUGGUGGGGAUCAUAUUGACAUGGUUAUGUCUGAUUGUAAUUUAAAAAUGUUUAAACAUUUAUGUGACUGUAACUUUUUUCAAUCUUAAAAAUAAAUCAAAUCCCUUUUAUUGUU